CUAGCUAGCCUCCACCGCCGCCGAACGGAGUGACCGGUUGCCGCCGUCCGUGGCUGUCCGAAGAGUUUCUCUUUGUACUGUCGGUGUUUUUCCAAGUCAGAUCCCCUAUUUGAUGUCUUCUUCAUCACUCGGCGCCCAUCCUCCGUCGGAUUCUUCCUGCUGCUCGCAGUCGUCUUGUCGCCGUCGUCUCGGCGUCAUUAUCUCGAAGGGAACAACUAUGCAUGCUUCUGUAGGUGAGGAUCUGAUAUCUGUGUUUGAGUCAUUGAUAUCGGAAGGAACUGUGUAUGUUUUUACAUACUUUGGAGUUAACAACAACUGUGAGUUGUAUUGCACAACAUCGCAUCAAUUUCGGUUAUUUUUUCAAGAUAGAACUACUGUCUUACCCUCUUUCUGUGAUGCAAUACCGUUAUAUGGUAUUAAGUUGGUCCCUUUUAGGAAAAUUAUGGGAUACUCUCCUCAUCAUCCUUUUUUGGUUGACGUUGCUGGAGUUAUGGCCGGCGUAGAGGGUGAGAGGAAAUACAUGAACGAUGGCAAACUUAUUAACAUGAUGUUUACAGCUUAA